UCACCGGCCGGUCUGGGCAGCGGUGGAGGGUGGUUGGCAGUGGCUGGAGGCUUCGCUAUGGGAAGUUGUUCCUUUGCUCUCUCGCGCCCAGCCCUCCUCCCUGGUUCUCCGCAGCCGCUGUCGGAGGAGAGCACGGGGAGGCGCGGGCUGCAGCCGCCGCUGCCUCUCCCCGCCCGGGCGGCCGCGCGGCUGGGCAGGUGCUGAGCGCCCCCGGAGCCUCCCUCGCCGCCUCCCUCCUCUGCCCGGCUGCCCGGCUGCCGCAGUGCACAUGGGGUGUUGGAGGUAGAUGGGCUCCCGGCCCGGGAAGCGGCGGUGGAUGCGGCGCUGGGCAGAAGCAGCCGCCGACUCCAGCUGCCAGGGGGCCACGCGCCCCGGGCGCCUCUGCGAGCCCCGGGCUCAGCCAUGGGGACCUCCGCGAGCAGCAGCACCGCCCUCGCCUCCUGCAGCCGCGUCGCUAGAGCUACGAUGAUCGCGGGCUCCUUUCUCCUGCUUGGAUUCCUUAGCACCACCACAGCUCAGCCAGAACAGAAGGCCCCAAAUCUCAUUGGCAAAUACCACCAUGUGGACCGUGCCACUGGCCAGGUGCUAACCUGUGACAAAUGUCCGGCAGGAACGUAUGUGUCCGAGCACUGUACCAACACAAGCCUGCGUGUCUGUAGUAGCUGCCCUGUGGGGACCUUUACCAGGCAUGAGAAUGGCAUAGAGAAAUGCCAUGACUGUAGUCAGCCAUGCCCAUGGCCGAUGGUUGAGAAAUUACCCUGUGCUGCCUUGACUGACCGAGAAUGCACUUGCCCACCUGGCAUGUUCCAGUUUAAUGGUACCUGCACCCCCCAUACGGUGUGUCCUGUGGGUUGGGGCGUGCGGAAGAAAGGGACAGAGACCGAGGACGUGCGGUGUAAGCAGUGUGCUCGGGGUACCUUCUCUGAUGUGCCUUCUAGUGUGAUGAAAUGCAAAGCAUACACAGACUGUCUGAGUCAGAACCUGGUGGUGAUCAAGCCGGGGACCAAGGAAGCAGACAACGUCUGUGGCACACUUUCGUCCUCCAGCACGACCUCACCUUCCCCUGGCACAGCCAUCUUUUCAUACCCGGAGCACAUGGAAUCCCAUGAAGUCCCUUCCUCCACCUAUAUUCCCAAAGGCAUGAACUCAACAGAAUCCAGCUCUUCUGCCUCUGUUAGACCAAAGGUACCGAGUGGCAUCCAGGAAGGGACAGUCCCCAACAACACAAGCUCAGCGAGGGGUGAGGAAGGCGUGAACCAGACCUUCCCAAACCUCCAGGUAGUCAACCACCAGCAAGGCCCCCACCACAGACACAUCCUGAAGCUGCUGCCAUCCAUGGAGGCCACUGGGGGGGAGAAGUCCAGCACGCCCAUCAAAGGCCUCAAGAGGGGUCACCCCAGACAGAAUUUACACAAGCAUUUUGACAUCAAUGAACAUUUGCCCUGGAUGAUUGUGCUUUUCCUGCUGCUGGUGCUUGUGGUGAUAGUGGUAUGCAGUAUCCGGAAAAGCUCAAGGACUCUGAAAAAGGGGCCCCGGCAGGAUCCGAGCGCCAUUGUGGAAAAGGCAGGGCUGAAGAAAUCCAUGACCCCAACCCAGAACCGGGAGAAGUGGAUCUACUACUGCAAUGGCCAUGGGAUUGACAUCCUGAAGCUCGUAGCAGCCCAAGUGGGAAGCCAGUGGAAGGAUAUCUAUCAGUUUCUGUGCAAUGCCAGUGAGCGGGAGGUGGCCGCUUUCUCGAACGGGUACACGGCUGACCACGAGCGGGCCUACGCAGCUCUGCAGCACUGGACCAUCCGGGGGCCUGAGGCCAGCCUCGCCCAGCUCAUCAGUGCCCUGCGCCAGCACCGGCGCAACGAUGUCGUGGAGAAGAUUCGGGGACUGAUGGAAGAUACGGCCCAGCUGGAAACUGACAAACUGGCCCUCCCGAUGAGCCCCAGCCCACUUAGCCCGAGCCCCAUCCCCAGCCCCAACACGAAACUUGAGAAUUCCACCCUGCUGACGGUGGAGCCUUCCCCGCUGGACAAGAACAAGGGCUUCUUCGUGGAUGAGUCGGAGCCUCUUCUUCGCUGUGACUCCACAUCCAGCGGCUCCUCGGCUCUGAGCAGGACGGGCUCCUUUAUUACCAAAGAAAAGAAGGACACGGUGUUGCGGCAGGUACGCCUGGACCCCUGUGACUUACAGCCUAUUUUUGACGACAUGCUCCACAUUCUGAAUCCUGAGGAGCUGCGGGUGAUUGAAGAGAUUCCUCAGGCUGAGGACAAGCUGGACCGGCUAUUUGAGAUUAUUGGAGUCAAGAGUCAGGAAGCCAGCCAGACCCUCUUGGACUCUGUAUAUAGCCAUCUUCCCGAUCUAUUGUAGACCAUGAGGGAUACCGCACUCUGGAAAUUACUCAAUUUAGUGGCAGGGUGGUUUUUUGUUUGUUUUGUUUCUGUUUUUCUAGUUGCGUGUGUGUGCAUGUGCAUGCGCACGUGCGUGCGUGUGUGUGUGUGUGUGUGUGUGUGUGUGUAAGAGUAUAUGGCCAGUGUUUUGAGCUCUUUCUUUUUUUAACCCUUCUAGGAAGUUAGUUUAUAAGCCUUCCUCAAGGUGUAACUGUUGAAAAAUACCCACCACUAAAGUUUUUUAGGUUCCAUAUUUUCUGUUUCGACUUCUUAUGUGUUUUCAAAAUUGUUCUGUGCACUUUAAAUUCACUUAAUGUACCACAAAUGCAGUGUGGCUUUUCCUGCACACUGGAUUGUGAGGCUCUGAACUUCUUAAAAGUGUAAUGGCAUCUUGUGAAUUCUAUACGCCGUCUUCAUGUCUCAACAUCCACAUCAGCUUUUUAUUUUUUAAUUGUAACUUUUUUUAUUAUUAUUUGUAAUUUACAAAUUUUCUUAAGGGUUAAAGAAGUGUAAUACCCCGUUGCGUUACUGUAAUGCAAUAGAUUUUGAGUUAUCGUUUUAAUAUGCCUUGUUGUAUAGUUCAUAUUCAUGGCUGAAACUUGACCACACUGUUGCUGAUUGUAUGAUUUUCACUUGGGCACCGUGUAGAAUGCCUGAUUACUUGUGCCCCUCUUACGCUAAUGAUGCUCUGGGCUGGAGACAUGAAAUCCUCAAGCCAUCAGACCUUGCUAUUUAAGUGGCUUGACACCUGGGCCACCAAAGAACUUGAACUUCAUCUUUUAGGAAUUGAGCUAUUCUGGAACGUAUUGCUGCACUUUGGAAAGUCACAACUGGGUGCCCGUGGCACCUUUUUCCAUAGGGGAUUUGCUCAGUUUUGCUUUAAAAGAUGUCUUGUUUUUUUUUCUACACACGUAGUCGGUAGGUCCAGUCUGCCCUCGAGGCCUUGGUCUUGGUGGGUGUCCUUUGUCAUUCAAUCACUUUAAUUAAAAGUGGCUGCAGCUGUAAGAGCUCUUGUCUGAUAUAUUUGCAACUCUGCUCCCGUUUAUAAACAUGCUCUCUAAUAAUGCUCAGUUGCCAGACUCUAAUGCAAAGGUGGCGUGGGCUCCCUUUGUGUGGGCGGGGUUUGUGGGUCAUGGGGAGGGACUGAUAGCAGAAAAAAUGCCUUCAAGUGUACUAAUUUAUUAAUAAAUAUUAGGUGUUUGUUACCUGAGUAGUUUGAGUGUAUUUACUACUUGCCUUGUACAUGUGCUCAAAUUACAACUCUUUGGUUAGCCUCUUGGAAAAAAUGUGUGUAUUCUAAAAAUCUCUGCAUUUCUGACCUGUGAAUCAUGCAGAUUCGCAAAGCUUUGUGUCUGCAAGAGUAUUUGGAAAUUCAGAGAGAAGGAUGACCAAGUGUUAGAGAUGACCAAGCAUUCCCUAGUCUUUUGGGGAUAAAUCUUGGGCUCCUAUUUUGUCUCUAUUUUAAGAAAAGAGGAUUUGGAGGUGGAGAGGUAUAAAUGAUGACAUAGGUCCUGGAGUGUAUUCUUACUCAUUUCCAUCUAGGAAUUUUACCACUCGUGGGGGGGGGGGGGGUGCUCUGUACAAGUUCACAGGCUUCUGUGUGAAACUUCAUUGCCCAUGAGUAACUUCAAGGGGCUUUCUUGGCAAUAGGGUAAGGUAAAGUCUCAUGAUGAUGGAUGUAUUACAUCAUAUUAUAUAUAUUAUUUUUUUAUCAUGUGUUAUCAUAUCUCCUUAGCUUGGGAACCCUGGCUCUAUAGAAUUCCAGUGGCCAGGACAUCAACAAUUCUGAAUUCCUCCUUCGGUGAGGAACUGGAAGUGGGUGCCCUGUCUGGACACUUUGACACCCAUGUCAGGGACAUUGAAGGGGUCUUCUGCUUUCAUCCACUCCCAUGUGGCUGGUUUCUAGAGAACAAUUCUGGUAUUUGGUUUUAUGGUUCUCAGGCCAGGUUUCCCUUCCUCUUUUGUGAACAGAAGACAGAAACUCUUCAAAAGGGAAACAAACUAGGAUAGGUCGGUGAUGGGAGGCAAGGAGACAGAUGGGUUUUUCAGAGGAUUUGGAGACUGCGACUUAUUUUUUGUGGGGCUUGAAAACAAAUCAGUGUUAUAGUUAUUAAGUUUGUAAGUUACUUCUAGCUUGGAGAUCAUUAUUUUCUUAACCUUUACAGCUUUGUACUUUACAAAGUGACUUUUACAAUAUCUCAUUGAAACCUCAUAACCACCUUUUAAGAUAGGUACUAUUAUUGUACCCAUUUUAUAGAUGAAGAAUAGGCUUAUAAAGGCUAAGGAACUUGCUUAAGGCUCUACAACAGAGUGGUAGCGAUCAGACUUGAAUCUGAAUCCAAAAGUGUUUAUUCAGGACUGAUAACCAGAAAUAUUCUGCCAGGCUGAAGCCGUGGAUACAGAGAUCACAGUGAUGAAAUGUAUGUGGCUUAUAAAGAAAGCCUUAUACUUAAGUUCAAUGAAUAAUUGUGGAAGUGUGAGAAGGGGGUAGCAUCUUUUGAUGAUACAAGGGGAAGGGACAUGGAAGUUAGGGUUAAACAGAAGCUUAAUAUUGAGUUAAUAUAAUACAUAGCUUUCCACCUACCCCCAAAAGUAACCCUGAGCUGCAUUAUUAAAAAUAAUAUAUAAUGUUCUGGUCAGAGUUGAUGACAAUCCGAUUUAUAUAUUAUGUGGCUCAUUUUGGAGGUUUUCUCUGGUGUGAACUAGCUUACUUUGAGGGCUGUGCUAAACUAGGUUUCCAAUGCAGGGUUGGAGGGAUAACCAGAAGAGUAGGAAACAGAAACAGGAGCAUUUGUUGAGAAAUCUAAACUUGACUACGAAGAUCAUCUGGGUAGGGGAAAGACUAUCUUCAGAUAUUUGCAGGGCUAAGGAAGAGACUAUUUUUCUUUAGAGAGUAAUACUGUUUCCUCUAAGCCAAUUUAGGUGAAAUGCAGAAGAGCUCUUAAACAAUUAGAUCUGGCUGCUUUUCCAAGGAGAAAAUCUCUCUUACUCUGGGAAAAAGUUGGAUGUGCUUCACUGGGUUAUCAACCUUUCAUGUCAAUAAUCACCUGGGAAUGAGCAGUCUGUUCUAAAGGCAGGUUCCCAGAGAGUGCAAUUCAGAAGGUUUGCCGUGAAGUACAGAACAAGUGUCUCCCAUAUUUUUUUUUUCUGAAAAAUCUUGGGCUCAGUGCUUGAGAUCCUUGCCACUGUGGGCUGUCACCGCACCCAGGAGGUUGUUAGAAUGCAUCCUUGGAGGCCACUUUGUUGUGCUCCUUAAACUUUAAUGAGCACAUGAAACACUUGGGGAUCUUGUUAAAAUGCAGAUUCUGUUUCAGUUGGUGAGGGGAUAGGUACCUAGGUGAUGUGGAUGCUGCUGGUCUCUAGAUCGACACCGGGUAGCCUGCAACUGGGCCUCGUUUUCAUGCAAAGAGUAGUGCUGAGGUGGGAGAAGAUGACACCAUUUCCAAAUGAGAGGAGUAAAUGAUUUCCGAUGAUCUAAAGAGAUUUCCAGAAUCAGGCAGUCCUGGUCAAGAUCUACAGCAGUGGUUCUUGAUCCUGGCGGCACAUCGAAAUCAGCAGGGCGGCUCUGAGAAAUCCAGUGCCCAGGCCAACCUCCAUACCGGUGAUGUCAGAAUCUAAGGGCCUGGAACCCAGGAAUCAGAAUUUUUAAAGCUCCCCAAGAGAUGCCAAUGUGUAGUCAGUCAGCUUGGGCAGCCACUGAUUUAAGAGUUUGUGAAGAGAGAGUGCUUCUCAAUCCUCACCCCAGAUCUGAUGGAUAAAUCUUACAGGGAACUAACUCGGAAAUCUGCAAUUGUGAGUUUGCUAUAAAUCGUCCCAC